ACACACACACACACACACACACACACACACACACACACACACCCUCACACACCAGAGAGGAGUCGGUUAGGUUUUUUUUCACCUUCAGGUCAGACACUGCGUCCCACGGUGCAUUGCUGCGUCACCGUCGUCCACCAUGUCGGACGCCCCCGAGGCUGCACCCCCCAGCCCCCCCCAGCUCACCAACCCGCCCCCCCCUGAGGUCACCAACCCCACCAAACCCGGCAGGAAGACCAACCAGCUGCAGUACAUGCAGAACGUGGUGGUGAAGACUCUGUGGAAGCAUCAGUUCGCUUGGCCCUUCUAUCAGCCGGUCGACGCCAUCAAACUCUGCCUGGCGGACUACCACAAAGUGAUCAAGAACCCGAUGGACAUGGGAACCAUCAAGAAACGUCUGGAGAACAAUUAUUACUGGAGCGCCAGCGAGGCCAUGCAGGACUUCAACACCAUGUUCACCAACUGCUACAUCUACAACAAGCCCACAGAUGACAUCGUGCUGAUGGCUCAGGCUCUAGAGAAAAUCUUCCUGCAGAAAGUCGCUCAGAUGCCUCAAGAGGAAGUAGCUCUGCUGCCGCCAGCGCCGAAAGGGAAGAACAAGAGCAAACAGCCUGCAGCUGCUACUACAGGUACUACAGUGAGUCAGCAGGCCGAGUCUUCAGCCUCCCCUCCCCCCUCGUACCCCUCCCCCUCCCCCUCUCAGACGCCAGUCAUCUCGACCACGCCCACACCGGUACCAGCCACGCCCCCCGUCUCUGCCCCACAGCCCCCGGCAACCAUGAUGCCCUCUGCACAGCCCGUCGUCAAGAAGAAGGGGGUGAAGAGGAAAGCCGACACCACGACUCCCACCACGUCGGCCAUCUCUGCCGGUCGCGCCGACUCUCCGUCCGCUCAGGACACCAAACCGGCUAAGCUGGGCUCGUCCCGGCGCGAGGCCGCCGCACGCCCCGCCAAAACCCGCAGGGAGACAGUGGAGGAGGUGGCGGGAGGCGAGGUGGGAGGAGGCGGAGGAGGCGCAGGGGGGAGGAAGGCCGGUAAACUAGGCGAACAGAUGAAACACUGCGACGCCAUCCUGAAAGAGAUGCUCUCCAAGAAGCACGCGGCGUACGCCUGGCCCUUCUACAAGCCGGUGGACGCGGAGGCGCUCGAGCUGCACGACUACCAUGACAUCAUCAAACACCUGGACCUCAGCACUGUUCGGAAAAAGAUGGAUAAAGGAGAGUACAGCGAUCCUCAGAGCUUUGCGACGGAUGUCAGGUUAAUGUUCUCCAACUGCUACAAGUACAACCCUCCAGAUCACGAGGUGGUGGCCAUGGCCCGCAAGCUGCAGGUACGUCAACCUCUCAGAACCUCUCAGAACCUCCCCGAACCUCCAGAACCUCCUAGAACCUCCCACUGCCAUGAACACCGCUUUCUCCACCGAGCUGGAGCCAGUGCUGGUUCGGAGCUAGUGCUGGAGCCGGUGCUCA